CUGGCUUGCAACUUUCUCUCCCUCUCUCUCUCUCCCCCUCCCCUCCCUUCCCCUCCUACUUUAUUCCAUGGGGCAGCGUGAAGUCAGAGUGAUGUCAUAUAAAAAUGCGGGCACCCGGCAAGGUGAAAUAGGUUUUUGGUGAGUGGCGUUCUCCACAGCCAGCGUUGCCUGUCGAGAGAGGCGCGGAGCUGCAAAACAUGGUAAUCAUCACCAUCACCACCUCAAGCUCUGCCGCGCUCUCUCCGUUUUCUACUCCACUGCUCUCGGGCUUUCGUUUCAUGCCCGAAACCCUGAUCUGCCUUCCAAAAAUAAGCCUCUGCCACCAUGCCGAAGGAAGAAAAACAAGAAGAGUGGUAUUUUUAGGGCCAUUAAUUUUGACCACGUGCCCCGAAGGUAAACCGGAUGGCCAUUGCGCAAAGGCUUCUCACCAGUAUGUCCUGCGAGGCCAGCACGCACUGGACGUUGACUGCGAUUGUUCUCCUGGGGUUCCUAGUGGGGAUUGUGUCAUCAUAUCCGAUUCCAAGCAGGACUAAUGCAACUUUAUUGGAGAAAAGAUGGGAGACCCUGUUCUCCCGCUCCAUUCUGGGGGUCUCAGGGGAGAAAUCGGACCUGAACUGGGAGAGUGACUAUUUGCUGGGCAUCAAGAGAGUGCGGAGGCUUUACUGCAACGUGGGCAUCGGGUUCCACCUUCAGGUCCUCCCAGACGGCAAGAUAAACGGUGUACAUAAUGAAAACCAGUACAGUCUAAUAGAGAUCUCCACGGUAGACCGAGGAGUGGUUAGCUUGUUUGGGGUGGAAAGUGACAAGUUUGUCGCAAUGAGCGGCAGAGGACGGUUAUACGGAACGGCAGUCUUCCAUGACGAAUGCAAGUUCAAGGAAAUCCUGCUGCCAAAUAACUACAACGCCUACGAGUCCUUCGUUUACAAGGGUUUCUACAUCGCCCUCAGCAAGCACGGGAGACUGAAGAGAGGCAACAAAGCCACCACCGCCAUGACCGUCACCCACUUCCUCCCGAGAAUAUGAGUCAAACUCGCAAUAACUCACUCAUUUGCACAUGUGGACAUUCUCCAAGGUAACACACGCAUACACAAAUACAAAUUGACUGCGAAACUAACACAACUAUAUAUAAUAGUAUUUAUUGUCUUUAUAUAUGUAUAUUUGGGUAGCUCACUUUGUAUUAGAACUUAUGUAAAUGCCAUACUUUGCUGCUUAUUAUUAUUUUAUUAUCAUUAUAUAAGGAGUGAGAGGCACUGCUGACCUCUUUGCUUUAUAUGGGUGCUUGCCAUAGCUGGCAGAGACUUCACCCUGUCACUGGUCAUGACUGAUAUCCUCAGCUUUUACAAGUGAAAUGGAUACUUUUUAUUACCUCAAACAGCCACCUCCUGACUGAGAAAUGAUGCAUGAAGUUAUGCUGAAUCGAAUGUCCGCUUAACUCUUUAUGCUUUCUGUUUUAAACCCAUCAGGAGCCGGAAUGUUUCGCUUUUUUUCCACACUGUGUUGCCAUUGUCGUUGUAAUGUGGGGAAAUGGAAGCACUUAAACUCGGUUCCCUUGCCAUUGCAAUGAGGUGGUGCCUUAGCUUUGCCACUUGCGGCCCCUCUGCUUGCAUGCGAGAAACGCACCCCGCGGUCAGAAAUAGGGUUGACAUGCAAGCCACGUGACUCUCGGACACCCUGAGCUGCUCUGGCCCAAUUCCUAGAGGGCCAGGACUAUCUUCAGUUUAGAUUUUUCUUCUUUUCAAUAAUUAGAUUAAAUUAAGUAAUGGAGAAUAUGGACUGGACAGAGACCAGAGGAACCCAAAGCUGUAAUUUCUUGAAACAUGGCUGAAACAUUGCUACCCAUGAAUUUGAAUAUUACUGUCAUACUCUUGAGCUAGGCAGGAAUUUUACCCACACUGCUCCAGUAAAUGUUCGGUCACAUAUUGUAUUAAAUGUAGGACUGCAAACACUGAUAGUCACUCUAGAAAUGGGUGUCUACUAAGCUAAUGUUAUGUAAAUAAUAAUUAUAUAAAAUAUUGGAGUCAAACAGGAGAUUUAUAUUGCUUAUUACAUGAUUGAGAAUGCCUAAACGUAUUUCAGGUUGCACAAUCUGACUAUCAAUGAUGGUUUUGAUAUUUAGAUCACUGCAAUAGGUCUCAUGCACCUUUUCUACAGUUUAAUGUUUGUGAAAAAGUGCUUUGUGAAAAAAAAUGCAGGAUACAGGACUGGUAUUGGCACCAGCCUCCCUAGUCAAGAGAAUAUGCUCUAGCACAGUUCUCCAAUGGCAAAGGUGAUGUUCACACUGGUUGUGGUUAGCCAAAGUGGAAAUUAUGGGAUGUCAGAGGACGUUAUGUACAGAUAGAAAAGACAGAGAGAGACGGGGCAGGUCUUCAGGGAUUCCCAGACGCUGGCAGUUUUGUACCACAAAUCCACCCUCUCGUUGAACCCGAGCCCACUUUACACCCCCAAACUGUCCUCUUUUGUGCACAGGCCUACUUUAACCCAAAAAAAGAUUAUGGGGCAGUGCACGCGGCACCCGAUGUUUGUUUAACCCCAGCAGAAUGUGGAUCCCAUCGGGGCAACAGGCUACUUCCCAAAUACCUGAGCAGACGUUCCUCGGGGCAGUUGUCACCGUAAAAGCCAUGGUCAGCAAAGGCCUUGAGAUUCCAGCAGUGGCCGGGACCUUCCCUCCCCGUUUAAUCCAUUUUUAGACCAAGGUCAGACACCCAGGCUCUUCUGCACCUCUGCGUUCUGGGCUGCAUCUCUGCUGGUCGCCCCUGUUAACUUUACUUCUGUAUCCCCUCGAAACGUCUCAGUCUGUUCCUUAAUUCAUUGACUCAAAGUGCACAGCUCAAAAAAAAAAAACCCCCAAUACUGAUGAUAUAGUAUAUGAAAAUGUAGAGAGAAAAAAAUUAAAAACCCUGCACGGAUGAUUGAAUCGGAGAUACUGCAUCUAUUAUAUUUGCUGUAAAUGCUAAUGCGUUCGUAAUGGCUUGGAGAAAAAGACGGGGCUGAUCCUGGAACUCCUGCUGUGGUGCGGAUGAUGAGUGACUUCCUCUCUCUGCUGUCGCGUUACUGGUCACAGUGCGCUUAUCAGUGUCUGGCAUUACUGGCUCUUUACUACAGUAAAGAACAGCACUGUCAUCUCUGAACACCUGAUAAUUGCUUGUUCCUAUGCACGGUCAGUUCUGAAAACGAACCUGACGUCAGAAUUUACAUUUGGGUCAGAAUGCGGUGAAAUCCGAGUGCUUUCUUCAACAGCGGGCACACCCAUGUCUCUGUAGCUGUGAAAUGGCAGCCGCUUGGUGCUCACUCUGGUGCGUGUCUAACUCCUUUCAGGAGGGGACACCUGCAGGCUCGAUGCAGUACGGGAGAGGAAAAAGUGCCAAAUCACAGAAAGCCUCCGCUUUCCCAUCAUGCUCUGCGUCUGCGGCAGCCGCUGAAAGCUUUGAUGAGAUCGGUUUACUGCAGUUUGGGGAUUGUCUUGCUCUGCUAUUUAAAGAGAUAAUCCCCUGUGGAUGAUCACGGACAGGUGUCUGACGCAGGGAGUGGGGGGGGGGGGUGUUUUUGGGGUGAGGGGAGACAAGGGCUGGGGGAACUUGUGGUGACCUGGAGGAGGCAUUCAGACAGAACUCCCCACCAGACAUUGUGUCCCUCCCCAGGGGUGUAACUCCAUAUCUGUCUGUGUAGCAGAUUUGCAGACAAUGUAACUGAGAUGUCAGGAGUCAAGGAAAGACAGAGGAAACUGUGGGUGACCGUGAUAGGGAGGGGCCCAUGUACCAGUCUCACUGUGCAUGGGGUGUUUUUGGAAUCAAAAAGUAUUUGGCAUCAGCUUAACUGGUACAUGUAUUUAUUUUUAAAUAGGAACAAUCUGUAUAGAAGCCAGACAGCCUAAUUUAACACAGCAGUUGGAUUCUGAAGAAUAGUCAAACAUGCAAAAUUACUUUUACUACUUAUGUUCAGUUCUGAUAAGCUUAUUUACCCUAAAAAAAAAAAAGGAAAUCAUUUAUCAUCUGUUGUGCUGAUGGGGUCCAGUCUUAUGUCUCUGCAUGUGAAGUAGAAGAGUGCAAUGGACACUUAGAGAGGAGAGGGUGCUACGAACAUGGUCUGCUUAAGGAAUUUAACUGGAUACCAAAAGUUGGGUGAUGCUUGGGACUCUGGAUGUCCAUCAGUGAAAAGAAUGGUUAAGCACAUUGUUGAGUUUGUGUCAUACAUUUACUUUUAGAACCUGUAGAAAUAGAAACUCUGCAACUGUUAAGAGAAAAGGGUAACCCGUGCUUCCUUGUGUCUUGACCCUGCUUUGAGUCUGAAGAGAGAAGGGUACCGUGUUAGACCUAGCGGUUGAUCGGCAAUCAGCGUUGAGGAGCUGCUGAAAAUGAUGGUUUGCGAAUGUGCACUUGAACAGCGUCGUGUGCAUUUGAAAGGAGAGAAAGUGCAGAACCUAACUGCUUUGGGUUCGUCUGGGAUGCGACUUCACGGCACAGUGCAAAUGGAGCGCGUAGCGCUGAAGGAUUUGUGAUGUUGCUCUGGAGACCUCUCUUACGGUUCCUUUCUGGCCCUCGUGUUGCUUUUUUUUUACAAAACAAAUGAAAAAUAACACCUGUGAUAUGAAUGUUCAUGAAGGUGAUGAGAACCUUGUUUAUUUAUUUAUUUAUCCAUCAUGUAUGUAUUCAUUUUACAUUUUUUUGUUGUUGUUUUUUUUUUUUUUUUGUUUUUUUGCCGGUCCAUAUGGCCAACAGGACACUGUACCCAUGAAAGUGUUUAUAACUCACAUUGACAUGCUUGUAUGUGAGUGCUUUCCUCUCAGUCAUGGAGGUUUAUGAUGCUGUACUCUGCACAGUAUCCCAUGAUACCAUACAGCAUGAAACACCAUAGAGUAAAAGCAAGUUAAAGCUGUCUAUGGUCUUUUGCCAUUGUGCUUAAGGAAACAUAAAGAACAAUUUCUCUGAAACGGCCAACGUAGCGUCUACGUAGACAGGCCAUGAGUUUAUAAAUGUUUAUGUCGUCCUGAAGUUAGUUAACGACAGUGCUUAUGAAGGAGUCAUGCUUUUAGUCGAAAAAGAACCCUUCAUAAAAAAAGAAAAGUGUUUGAACAAAAACGAAAAGCUUGAUGUGUGUUUCAUGGGGAGUGGUGCCCUGUGCAGGUCGUCAGAGCCUGGGCGCAGAGGGGCAGUGUGUCUGUGUGUGUCGGCAGCCUUUGUGUUCUCUCUUAGUUUUGUAUUCCUGCACUGAGGAGGGGGUGUGCUUCCUCCGAUUCCCCUCCUCUUUGUUAACAUAUACCUCACCUUCUGCCUUAGUUCCGAUUUGUUACGAUGAUUGUAAAAUUAGUAGGAAACAACAGAACUUCUUCAAUCAUUUGUUUCUGAAAACUGAUGAUGAUAGUAAGAAUACUAAUAUAUGAAAAAAAAUGGUUUUCCUUUUAUUUUUGUACGUAUGUGCUGUGCACAGCAGUCUACUGUAUUCCUGAAAUAACAAUAAAGGGUUGUUUUUUA